ACGAUGAGCAGAUAUACCCUUGGAUAACUGCCGGUGUAGCAGAUUAAGAUGGGUAUGAACAAUCCGGUGUAAUCUGUGGUGGAUGGUGAGCGAUCACCCACGCUGUCUAGUCUGGCGGCUGAGGUGGUGGACAAGAGCGAGAAGGAUUGAAUGUCCACUCAUUGGCGAGGGCAGCAGCGAGAGAGUCCUUGCCCCUUGGAUGAUGAUCUGAGCUAUGGAGUUAGCAACGAGAUGUAGGAUUGCCUGUUGCGACGAAGGUGAGUUCCUUGUUCCUUUCGCUCCAAAUAGUGUAUAUGAAUACUGUGAGAGCAAGCUUGCAGAGACGGAUUGUAGGGCAAUUGUUGAUCCAAUGAUGACUUGCCCAGUGUCCAAAUUGGGGUCAAUUGAUGAUUCCGGAGUAAAAUUUUUUAUGAAUCUCCAUAAAAUAGUUGAAGAAAAGCUUAUCAUCAUGUUGGAGAGGACAAAAAAAGUGGAUAUCACAGGUACCAGAGAGUCAACUGAAGCUGCUGCAAUGGAUUAUGACAGAGCAAAAGAGGUGAAGGCUUUCGAUGAUACAAAAGCCGGUGUCAAAGGACUAGUAGAUGCCGGAGCCAUGAAUAUCCCUAGAAUAUUCAUUCGACCACCUGAAGAGAUUGCUCAAGACUUGAAUUGCUUGACCAUCCCUCUUCAAGUUCCAGUUAUAGAUCUAAGUUACAUAGAAAAAGAUGAUCAUCGACGCAAAGGCAUUGUGGAUGAAAUUCGGAUUGCAUCAGAGAAGUGGGGCUUUUUUCAAGUGGUUAAUCAUGGGAUACCCUUAAGUGUGCUGAGUGAAAUGAUGAAUGGUGUUCGGGCGUUUCAUGAACAACCUUCUGAGGUGAAGAAGGAAUUUUAUACGCGUGAUCGAUCGAAAAAAGUGAGGUUGGAAUGCAAUUACGAUCUGUAUCGUUCAACAACUGCUAAUUGGAGGGACACCAUGAGCAUUUCUCUACUGCUUUCCGAUCAUCUUGACCCUCAUGAACUGCCUUUGGCUUGCAGAGAUUCGACGAUUGAGUUCAUCAAGGAUGUUUCAGAGUUGGGAGAUACCAUCUUCGAGUUAUUAUCAGAGGCUCUCGGCCUCAAACCGAACCAUCUAAGAGACAUGGGAUGUUCUAAAGGGUGUGGUUUUGCUUGCCAUUACUAUCCAGCAUGCCCAGAGCCAGACCUAACUCUGGGAGCUAGCAAGCACUCUGAUCCUACAUUCAUCACCAUUCUUCUCCAAGACCAAAUUGGAGGGCUUCAAGUCUUGCAUGAUAACCAUUGGGUUGAUGUUCAACCCAUUGUUGGAAGUUUGGUAGUUAACAUCGGGGACACUCUCCAGAUUAUAUCAAACGACAAAUUUAGAAGUGUGGAACACAGAGUGCUGGCCAACCGCGUUGGACCAAGAAUUUCCGUGGCAUGUUUUUUGACAGCCGCUGCUGCUUCUACAAAGGUGUAUGGACCAAUUGAAGAGCUGAUAUCAGAAGAAAGUCCCCCACUGUAUAGAGAAUUUACAGUAAGUGAAUAUAUAAGCAAUUUUCGCUCCAGGGCACUUGAUACGCCUGGCCUUGAUCAUUUUAAGCUAUGAAGCUGCGAAUUCCCACAAGUCAUACACUGUACUAUAUAAAUAAAACGUGUGGAGCACUUCUAUAUGUGUGUAUUUGUUUCCCACAAACUAUUGCAAAUUCUGGCUGUUUAUAGAACAGCUAAAAUAUAAGUAUUCUUAAAUAAUACCAGUUCUGGUAAGGAUUUGAAAAGAUUCAGUAGCUACAUGUUUUGAGAUAUAUAUAUAUAUAUAUAUAUAUAUAUUUUAGUGGUUGGGUGGGGAUUCUUGUUAUGGUUUGAGGUUUAGAAGAUCAGUUUGUGGAAG